AUGACACUGUCCCCGUGCACAUAGCAAGGUCCACAUACAUUUGGUCAUGUAGUGUAUAUUAUGCCUAACCUACACAGUUGUUGAUUUUAUGCAAUGCUGUACAAGUGACACACUUCCACCCCCAAAAAAACUAUUUUUUUAACUAUUCCUGUACUGUCCGUUCCUGUGGACUGUUGAUCCUGUCCCGAACUUGACUCUAGAUCUUAACUCCCAUUCCUACCAUAAACCAAGCCCUGUUUCCAACUUGACUCUAGAUCUUAACUCCCAUUCCUACCAUAUACCGAGCCCUGUUUCCAACUUGACUCUAGAUCUUAACUCCCAUUCCUACCAUAUACCAAGCCCUGUUUCCAACUUGACUCUAGAUCUUUAUUCCCAUUCCUACCAUAUACCAAGCCCUGUUUCCUUGACAACCUUUACCAUGCACUACUUCUUUCUCACUGACGCCUAGUGGAUCACCAUGCCAUAAUAUCAUAUUUACUAACUGUGUGCCAUGUGACAUAUUCUGUUGUAGCAUAUGCAUUGUAACAUAAUGUAGACGCCAGUUGAUAUACUGGUAACUACGUGUUUGUGGUUAUGCUGGGAUGUCCUUUUUGUGCUGCAGCCUUGGGAGUCCCAGUUGUUCUGCAGUACGUUUUCCUAUGAGACAGUGUGUGCUGACUCCUGGGGUCGGUCUCUGUUGGUCGCCACGGAAGCAGCAGGGGUCAUGAUGAUAGAUGCUGUUGAUCCACUUCUUUCAAACCCAGACGCCCAGGUCCUGCCCCCAGUGCAGGUGUUUGAUAAGACCAUGGUGGUGAAGCAGAUGCAUGUUCUAGAGCCUCAGGAUCUCCUCAUCACCAGGACUGACAAAGGGAAGGAUGCGCGUCUCUAUGUGUUCAGACUGAGCAUGCUCAAGAGAGGCCUGGAGGAGAGGCAGCUGGGUUCGCACCAAGUGUGACA